GGCGUCCGGCCUGGGCGGGCCCCCGACGCCUGGGCCGCUCCGAGCGCGCCAGCGGGAACCCGGCGUGGGGCGUCCCACCCGGGACGGCGCCCAGCCCGGAGCGCAGGCUGGGACAUGUCUGGCCCCCGAGGACAGCCGGUGGGCGAUGGCUGCAGAGGCAGAGGGGCUGGAGCCCCAGGCAGCUGCUACAGAAGAUGCUGCAGGAGAUGCCACAGAGGCUGCGGAUGCAGAGCUCCGUCUCCUGGUUGGGAACCGGUUGAGCCUGGACCUGUACCCUGGGGGGUGCCACCGGCUGCUCCAUCUCUGUGCCCAGCGACCCCCUCAGCUGGGGGAAGUGGAGUUCUUGCAGCUGAGUGGCCACGAGGACCCUCAGCUGCUAGAGGCUACCCUGACCCAGGUGCCGCGGAACCUGCAGCGCCUUCGCUCCCUGGUCCUCAGAGGUGGACAACACUGGGAUGUGCUGGGUGCCUGCCUCCGGGGCUCUCUGACCACACUGCCCGCUGGCCUGAGUGGCCUGGCCCGCUUGGCCCACCUAGAUCUGAGCUUCAACAGCCUGGAGACGCUGCCGGCCUGCAUCCCACAGAUGCGUGGCCUGAGCACCCUCCUGCUCUCUUACAACCACCUCUCAGAGCUCCCUGAGGCCCUCGGAGCCCUCCCCUCCCUUACCUUCCUCUCUGUGACCCAUAAUCGUUUGCAAACGCUGCCCAUAGCGCUGGGAGCUCUCUCCACCCUGCAGCGCCUUGAUCUCUCAGGGAACCUUCUGGACACUCUGCCCCCUGAGAUUGGAGGCCUGAGCAGCCUCACGGAGCUCAAUCUGGCUUCCAACCGGCUGCAGGGCCUCCCGACCUCCCUUGUGGGGCUGCGGUCCUUGCGGCUCCUUGUUUUGCACAGCAACCUCCUGACCUCAGUGCCCACCGGCCUGGUACACCUCCCGCUGCUCACUCGGCUGGAUCUGAGGGACAACCAGCUCCGGGACGUGCCCCCGGAGCUCCUGGACGCUCCCUUUGUGCGCCUUCAGGGGAACCCCCUGGGCGAGGCUCUACCUGCCCCCCAAAGCCCCCCAGAGGCGCCGGUGAUCCUGGAAAUGCCCAGACUGUUCCUGAACUCAGAUGUGGACAGCUUCCCUGUGACUCCCCAAGGCUGCUCCGUGACCCUGGCCUGUGGCGUCCGCCUGCAGUUCCCUGCUGGGGCUACUGCUAGCCCUGUCAACAUCCAGUAUCGUCUCUGGCUGCCAGAGCCACGCCUUGUUCCCUUGGGUCCCCAUGACUCCCUGCUCAGUGGUGUCCUGGAGCUGCAGCCCCACGGGGUGGCCUUCCGGCAGAAGGUGAGCCUGUGGCUGCUCUUCGUGCCCCCCCGCAUCCGGCGUUGCCGGGAGGUGGUUGUCAGGACCCUGAGUGGUGAUAGCUGGGGUGACCUGGACACUCAUGUGGAAGAAGAGGCACCCAAGCGGCUUUGGGCUCACUGCCAGGUGCCCCACUUCUCAUGGUUCCUCGUGGUUUCGCGUCCUGUGUCUAACACCUGCCUGGUGCCACCAGAGGGGACGUUGCUGUGCUGCUCAGGAUAUCCCGGGGUCAAGGUCACAUUCCCACCUGGGGCCACCGAAGAGCCUCGUAGUGUCUGCAUGCAGGUGGUGCGCAUGGCCAGCAGAGAACUUCGAGCCCUGCUGGGGGAGCCUGAGGCUGCGGCCAGCCCCCUGCUGUGCCUCUCACAGAGUGGUGGCCCUCCUAGCUUCCUCCAGCCUGUCACUGUGCAGCUGCCUUUGCCCCCUGGGGUCACAGGCCUGAGUCUGGAUCGCUCUUGUCUUCACCUGCUGUACCGGACCCCUCUUGAAGCUGCUUGGGAUGACAUCACAGCUCAGGUGGCCCUGGAGCUCACCCACCUGUAUGCUCGCUUCCAGGUCACCCACUUCUCUUGGUACUGGCUCUGGUACACCACCAAGACCUGUGUGCAAGACCUGGCUCGGAAGGCCUGGGAGCGGCUGCGUCUGCACCGAGUCAAUCUCAUUGCCCUGCAGAGGCGCCGGGACCCAGAGCAGGUCCUGCUGCAAUGCCUGCCCCGUGACAAGGUGGAUGCCACCCUGCGGCGACUGCUGGACCGUUACCGAGGCCCUGAGCCCUCUGACACGGUGGAGAUGUUUGAGGGUGAAAAAUUCUUCGCCGCUUUUGAGAAGGGUAUUGAUGUGGACGCUGAACGCCCAGACUGCGUGGAAGGCAGGGUCUGCUUUGUCUUCUACUCACACUUGAAGAACGUGAAGGAGGUCUACGUGACCACUACCCUGGACCGGCAGGUUCAGGCUGUGAGGGGCCAGGUGUCCUUCUACCGGGGAGCAGUGCCUGAGGAGGUGCCUGAGGAGGCCAAGGCUGCCCGGCAGAAGAAGGGCAUGGACACCGUGUGGAUGGCCACUCUACCCAUCAAGCUGCCGAGAUUGCGGGGGUCUGAGGGGCUGGGGCAGGGGCGGGGGCCUGGCCUCUCCCUGGCACCUCUGAACCUGGGCGAUGCUGAGACUGGCUUCCUGACCCAGAGCAACCUGCUGACCGUGGCUGGGCGCCUGGGCCCUGACUGGCCGGCUGUGGCCCUGCACCUGGGCCUGCCCUACCGGGAGCUGCAGCGCAUCCGUCAUGAGUUCCGGGAUGACCUGGAUGGCCAGAUCCGUCAUAUGCUCUUCUCCUGGGCUGAGCGCCAGGCUGGGCAACCAGGGGCUGUGGGGCUUCUCCUGCGGGCCUUGGAGCAGAGUGACCGGCUGGAUGUAGCUGAGGAGGUGAGGGCCAUCCUGGAGCUUGGCCGCCAGAAGUACAAGGACAGCAUCCAGCGCACAAGCCUGGCCCCCAGGGGCCUUGACCCAGCUGACCCUGCAGCACCACAGUCUGUGGAGUCUGCCCAGGCAUAGACCCCACUGACUUUGGGAUGGCCCCGAUGGACCCUGCCAAAGGGUCAGGGGUCCCCAUUUUCAAGCCUUCCCUGAAUAUGCGGACAGUGACCUCCCACGUGUAACAAAUAUGUAUUGUUGUGGCUGCUUC